AUGGCGAAGACUAAGAAGGAGAAGAAGAGAAAGAAAUACACAGAAGAAACUUUAAAAGCAGCUGUAGCUGCUGCAAAGACUGGGCGAGGACUUCGGGCAGUCAGUCUCCAAUAUAAUGUACCGAAAACCACUAUCAUCGACAAAAUGUCUCAGCCUGAAGUACUUCUGAAGAAAGGUGGACCUCCGACCGUGCUUUCCGACGAAGAAGAGCAACAAAUCGUUGGGUGGAUGAUGCAUAUGAGUGCAUGCGGAUUUCCGGUUACGAAAAGUGUCCUCAUUUCCAGUGUGGCAAGUCUUAUCAAAGAACUCAAUCGAAAGAAUCCAUUUACAAACAAUUGCCCAGGCCGCAGCUGGUAUGAUGGAUUUCUCAAACGUCACCCGGAGUUGGCUCAAAGAAUUGCCCAAAAUUUAUCAUUCUCGCGAUCAUCAGUCACCGAAAUUGCUUUACGAAAAUGGUUUGCUGAAGUCAAAACUUAUUUGGAUAAAGAAAAUGCUGCCGAUCUCGAUGCGACAAGGAUUUUUAAUUGCGACGAGUCAGCGUUAUAUCUCAGCCUUAAAAGCGAAAAAGUUCUGGUGAAAAAAGGAGAUAAAGCUGUGUACAACUUUAUUCAUAACGAUGAUAAAGAAUGUUUGACCGUCUUGUUCAUGGCUAAUGCUGCUGGCGUAAUGGCACCGCCGAUGAUACUUUUUUCGUACGAGAGGAUCCCUGCCAGUAUAUCCGCAAGUAUCCCCAAUUCGUGGGGAAUAGGAAAAACCGAGAGCGGGUGGAUGACCGGCGAAUGCUUUUUUGAGUAUAUCACGAACGUAUUUUAUCCGUGGCUCGUUGCGAAUAAUAUCGCGUUUCCUGUCGUGCUGUACAUGGAUGGGCACUCAUCUCAUCUAACCAUGGCGCUUAGUGAAUUCUGUAGAAUUCACAAGAUCAUACUCGUUGCGUUGUACCCCAAUGCAACGCAUGUAAUACAGCCACUCGAUGUUGCCUUCUUUCGACCAGCAAAAGGUGCCUGGCGUAAAGCGACGACUGAAUGGAGAAUGAACCAUAACGGCAUACGAAUGAGAAAGGAACACUUCGCAUCUCUACUUCAACAAGUUCUCGAUACACUCAGCAGUUCCAAUAUUCUACGCAGAGGAUUCGAGGCUUGUGGUUUGCAUCCAUUAAAUCCAGAUGCUGUGAAUUAUCAGAAACUGAUUUCCCGUUUGAAAUCUGAAAACCUCGAACCGUGGACGGGCGAUUUAGAGGAUCAGAGUCUUUUUCGAGUUUGGAGUGCUAUUCGUCAACGUAAUGGAACUUUAUCUUACUAA